GUGAAGUCAAUUGUCAAAAAAAGAUCAAAACAUUGCGAUGUCGUCGGCGAAAGUGAAAAUGGGAAAAUCCUUAAAGGAAGAUCGAGAUGUAGAAACAAGUGACGACUCAGAUGAUUCCGAAGCUGAUGAGCAAAGUAAUGAAGAGCAAAAUCAAGAAAGCUCCGACGAUACGGAAAGGAACGAAAUUCGAAGUGAUCUCAGCACUAUGUCCUUUGUCCAGCUUAUGAAGCUGAAAGAAGAGCUUGGAACAAAAGUUUACAACGAAGCAAUCUUCGGAAAAGGCUCCAAAUCAUCAUCGCGUGAGAAAACCAAAACUGAUUUCAAGCGAGCCAACAAGAACCGUCCCCGAGAAAUGAGCUCCAAACGUCCCGUGCCCUUCCUUGGAGGGGAAGAAAGACAACGAGCGGAGCAAACAAGUUCCCGUGAUCCGCGUUUCGACGAGAAUUGCGGCGAAUACGAUAGUAAAAUAUUCAAAACCAACUAUGAGUUUGUGAACGACAUUCGCGAGAAGGAAGUGCACAGUUUGAAAAAGAAGAUGAGGAAGGUGGAGGAUGAGGAGAAGAGGAAGGAAAUGAAGCUUGUCAUGCAAAGAUUACAGAACCAAAUGCGAGAGGAGAAGAAACGAAAGAUACGAGAGGAAGUACUGAAGGAGGAAAAGGAAGAAAUCAAGAAAGCAAAGGAGGAGGGCCGCACUCCAUGGUACAAGACGAAGAAGGAGCGGCAGCUGACAGAGCUGGUAAAACAAUACGAGGACCUGAAGAAAUCCGGCAGAUUGGUGAAACAUCUGGAGAAAAGGAGGAAAAAGAAUGCCUCCAAGGACCGGAAGAAAUUCAAGUCCGGGAUCUAACGAUUCUUUUCAUUUUAUAUUUAAGUCUAAUAAAACCUAUUCUAUCCAAA